AGGCAGACGAACUGCAUCAGAUAGAAGCGGAGAGAUGCUACGAAAAUGACAAAGUGAACAUUUACCGCUGUGAAGGGCUAACGCAGCUUAUAUUAUCUUUAUUUACCGUGGUUUCCUAACGUCAAUAGACCAUUUGGAUAGUUUGUGAUAUUUGUGAGGCGACAAUAUGGCCACUAGAUGUGUACUUUCGAUAUUUCUUAUCAUAUUAUCCAUAGCCUGUUGCUGUUCGGCAUCAGCUGAGAAUGUCACAUCUUGCCAAGAUGUUGCACAAGUAUUUGCAGCAAGACAGUUGGGGUCUGAAGAUAUGGUGCCUAAACAAAAAGUAACAGGUGAAGACUUGCAGAUUUGCUCAAAAGGAGAGACGUGCUGUACGCAUAAGAUGGAAGGGCGAUUUCAUCAUGCUGUCAACACUGACAUUCAGACAACACUGACGUCUCAGAGUGCUUACGUAAAGCACCUCAUGGUGACAAGUGUUGAACAGUACGAAGCGUCGUUCAUGCGGAUGAUCAAGAAGGCCGAGAACAACACGAACAUCCUCUUCGCUGACGUCUACCGUGGCAUGGCGGCUCAGGCGCGCGCGCCCGUCGGCGACUUCUUCCUCGACCUUGAGAAGUAUGUCCGCGCCGACCCGGCCGCCGCCGACCCCGACGUCGACCUUCGCGACAGCGUGAACUCGCUGUUCGACGCGCUGUUUCCGCUUGUCUUCCACCACACGAUCAACCCGAAGCUGGCGCCGUUCUCGCGCGACUACUCCGCCUGCCUCGCGCAGGUUCGCCAGGAGGCACACCCGUUCGGCGAGGCGCCGCACCGGCUCAUGGCCGACCUGCGGCGAGCGUUCUCCGCGGCGCGCGUCGUCCAGAGGGCACAGCAGCAGAAGCAGCAGUAG